AGACAGGCCUUGCUUUGGGGGGAGAGAAAGCUGCGGCUCCGCGUGCGAUGCAGAGCAAGCUCUGGGCUGUCCGGGCAGCCGCCCGGGGACGGGCUGGCUGCUCAGGCUGCUGGCUCUGGUUCUGCUGCCGCGGCAGCGGGCGUCCGAGGAGCUUUCAAAAUUCCCAGUGGUGUGUUUGGAAACACCAGCGUGCAAUUUCCUCGCACUGUAGCUCAGCUCACUGAAUCAGGGUGGGAGGAUUGCUAUGAUCUCCGUAUAGGAGGUGGGGGGAAAGAAAAGUCUUUGAGAGAUUCCUACUUCUGCCUUGUCAAGCGUGACCCAUACAGCUCCUUGCUAGUGGGAGUCUGAAUAUAGGACAUCCUCCUUUUGUUCUCCCAAGCUCUCCGUGCUCGUUUAUUUGCACCGAAUAGCACCUACCAUCAGGAGCAAUAGCAACUUCUGAGCCCUGGCGAUUUCUAAUAUAGCCCUGAAAGAAAGGGCCUUUCUUUUUUCUUUUUAUUUAAAUGUGAAAGCUCCUGUGCUGUAACUGUAUGGACAGGUCACUCAUCUGCUGCUUGUCUGCGGGGUGAGAUAGCUGCAAACGGCAUAACCCUCUUGCCUUCUCGCAGCUCCCGAUGUGAAGCAUGAUUUUUUUCUAUCUGCCUUACAAGUUUGAUUUUGUUCAGUGGGAUCAGGACUGGGUGUGUGUUGCGCUUAGACACUGGCAUCUGUGGGGUCAGAGAGGGAGCCUGAUCCUGGUUUUGACCUCAUGGAAAACCACUGGCAUCCUGACAGCCCGAUAGGGUGGGUUUUUUUCACUCGCAACAGGAUGAGGUCACUGGAGUUAUAAGCAAAGAGUACAUCCCAAAAGGAACGCGCUUUGGACCCCUGGUAGGAGAGAUCUAUACCAGCGAUACGGUUCCCAAGAAUGCGAACAGAAAAUACUUUUGGCGGAUCUAUUCAGGUGGUGAGCUUCACCACUUCAUUGAUGGAUUUAACGAGGACAAGAGCAACUGGAUGCGUUAUGUAAACCCUGGCUACUCCGUUCAGGAACAGAACUUGGCAGCCUGUCAGAAUGGAAUGAACAUCUACUUCUACACUAUCAAGCCCAUCCCUGCCAACCAAGAGCUGCUUGUGUGGUAUUGCCGAGACUUUGCAGAGAGGCUGCACUAUCCCUCCUCCAGAGAGCUGACAAUGAUGAACCUCACACAAACACAUGUUAAUCCGAAGCAGCACAGUGCUGAUAAAGAUGAGCUCUAUCAGAAAAGCAUCCCAAAGAAGGAGCACAGCGUGAAAGAAAUCCUGAAAAUGGAAUCCAAUCCUCCAAAAGGAAAAGACUUCUUCCAGACCAACAUUUCACCAGUUACUCCAGAAAAAGACUUGGAUGACUUGCGUAAGAACUAUAGCCCAGAGAGGUGUUUCUUCCCUCGAGUUGUCUACCCAAUCCGACCUCACAUUCCAGAAGACUAUCUGAAAGCUUCCUUAGCGUAUGGGAUGGACAGACCCAGUUACGUUACUCACUCGCCCAUCCAGUCAUCUACUACACCAAGUCCUUCUGGGAGGAGCAGCCCAGACCAAAGUUUAAAAAGUUCAAGCCCUCACAGCAGUCCAGGGGUCACAGUCUCACCUCUGGCACCUACGUCCCAGGAGCACAGAGAGUCGUACUCUUACUUGAACGGAUCCUACGGCUCAGAGGGAUUGGGGUCUUAUCCUGGAUACGCACCCCCCAGCCACCUCCCGUCUGCCUUUAUACCGUCCUAUAACCCCCACUACCCCAAAUUUCUGUUACCUCCAUUCAAUAUGAGCUGUAAUAACCUGAGCGCUUUGAACAAUAUCAAUAGCAUCAACAAUUUCAAUCUCUUCCCACGGAUGUAUCCUCUCUAUGGCAACCUACUCAGCGGAGGUAGCCUUUCCCACCACAUGUUGAACCCCGCCACACUCCCCAGUUCACUGCCCAGUGAAGGAGGCCGUCGUUUGCUGCAGCCUGAUCAUCCAAGAGACUUCCUCAUACCAGCACCUAACAGUGCCUUCUCUAUCACGGGCGCUGCUGCCAGCAUGAAGGACAAGCCGUGCAGCCCGACCAGCGGGUCACCCACAGCUGGUACAGCAGCCAGUUCAGAACACAUAAUGCAACCUAAACCUACCUCAGUGGUGUUGGCCGCCACCGGCGGUGAAGAAGCCAUGAAUCUCAUUAAAAGUAAGAGGAAUGUGACUGGUUACAAAACCCUCCCAUACCCACUGAAGAAGCAGAACGGGAAGAUCAAGUACGAAUGCAAUGUUUGCUCCAAGACCUUUGGCCAGCUCUCCAAUCUGAAGGUGCACCUCCGAGUACACAGCGGAGAGAGACCAUUUAAAUGCCAGACCUGCAAUAAGGGCUUCACCCAGCUGGCUCACCUCCAGAAGCACUAUCUGGUACACACAGGAGAAAAACCCCACGAGUGUCAGGUUUGUCACAAGCGGUUCAGCAGCACCAGCAAUCUCAAAACCCACCUGCGGCUCCACUCUGGAGAGAAGCCUUACCAGUGCAAGCUGUGCCCAGCCAAAUUCACCCAGUUUGUGCACCUGAAGCUGCACAAGCGUCUCCACACCCGGGAACGUCCCCAUAAAUGCAUCCACUGCCACAAGAGCUACAUUCACCUCUGCAGCCUCCAGGUCCAUCUGAAGGGCAACUGCCCGGUCGCCCCUGCCUCCGGCCUCUCGAUGGAGGACCUGAAUCGAAUCAACGAGGAGAUCGAGAAGUUCGACAUCAGUGACAAUGCCGACAAGUUGGAAGAAGUGGAGGACAAUAUCGACUUAACAUCGGUUGUGGAGAAGGAUAUACUGACCAUGCUCAGAAGGGAAAUGGAAGGAGCUAAUCUCAAAGUAUCUUUACAGAGGAACCUGGGAAAUGGACUUAUCUCCUCAGGAUGCAACCUUUACGAGUCUUCGGAUAUGUCAAUUAUGAAGUUGCCUCACGGUCACCCACUACCUCUGUUACCUGUAAAGGUCAAGCAAGAAACAGUUGAACCAAUGGACCCUUAAGACUUUUUGGCAAAGUGAUUUUUUUUAUUUAUGACUUGGCAAGUCAGGGUGCCUGUAGCAAUUGCUUGUACAUAGUUUCAAUGCUGCAAAGCAAUCUUGGCUUACAGUAGUUUCCCUACGCUCUACAGCUGAAAGAAGGAACUCCAAAGUUACUGUUUUCUCAGGGCAUAAAAAGAGGCAAAGGACUGUGCAUUGCCUCGCCAGUUACUAAAAGACAAUCAUCUAUCCAUAAUUAUUUUUUCAAUGAUAGUACUUCAUAAUUUAUUAUGCAAUUUAUCAUUCUAAAAGCAAUAAUUAGAAAAAUGUUUACAAUGACUGGAAAAUUCAUUGUAAUUUUUACUUUAAAUGUUUCUAUUUUUUGUUUUAUGGCCAUUCUUUGUAGAUAUUUUUUCUGCACAUCUGUUUUAAGAACCUAAGAUUGGGGUUUCAGUAACCGUGUUCUAUGUACCAACGUCUUUUAAACAAAUGUGGUUUUUUGCAUUGCCAAAGUUGGACAUUUGACAUACAGAAUCCUAGAUCAGUUGGUUUGGAAAAAAAAAAAAAAAAAGCAAAAAAAAAAAAGCUGUGUACUUUUAUGUGCAAAUCACCCCAUUGGGAUUGAAAAAAAAAAAAAAAAAAAAAAAGAGAAAGAAAAGGGUAGCAGCAAGCAGUGAAGAAACUGGUGCCCCAGCCUCUCUGAGGAUGGGAGAGAGAUUCUUCUACCUGCAGCUCUACCCGGAACAGAUGUGGCACAGCAAACAACUACCUGCCAUGGACAAUACCACAGGUUUUCAGAAAACAGCUAUAGCCCCACACCUCGUCAUGUAACUUUAUGACCAAAGGAAUGCAUCAGCUUAAAGUGGCUCUUCCAAAACUAAAUAUCACUUACAUUCUCCUAUUCCAACAGCAGUUUAAAAGCAAACACACCAUUAUUCUUAAUAUUCUGCCUAAAAGGAGUCUUUUGGCAGAUUUCUUUCUUCUCUCUCUCUCUCUCUCUCUCUCUUUUUUUUUUUUUAUUUGGCCAGAGCCUUCCAGGGAUAAAAAA